UACUGCUCUUCUUUCACUACCACGAAUGGAGUCGCUGGACCUCAAUACUCUUGCUGGUUCCUUGCCAACGGCACAUCAGAAUGCAGAGGCUGAACUGCUGAACAAUUUCAAAGCGGCUGCUCUGAGCAUCACGACCCUUUACCGUUCUUCAAGAGAUGCCUCAAAGCGAGCAUACAGUGCAGGAUAUGCAGCUGCGUGUCAGGACCUCUUGGCAAUGAUACAGCGAGGAGUCUCAGUUGGUGGCAUAGCAGAGCCAGGGACGUCAGAAUCAAAUGGCAUGUCUAUCGGCCGAGUCAUGGAUUGGAUAGAUGCUCGACUGGAUGCCGUGAAAUCGCGACAAGAAGAGGAAGUAGAAGAGGAGGAGAAGGAGAAGGAACGUGGACGGAAGUCGACGACGACGGCGGCGCCUACGAAAGUUAAAGUAGAGGCAAAGGAGCAGAUUCCACCAAUGCCGACACCAAAUUCACCUUGGCCUCGCACUCAACGACAAUCACCACAGCCGUCAACUCCGUCUCCCCCACCGCCACCACCCAGUACUCUGCGACAGACCCAGCGUUCGACAAACAGAGCGAAACCUACUUCCUCUUCCAACUCCAAGGGAGGAGGAGAUUCACCGAAUAUUUCUCCCCUUCCGCUCCUCGCGUCAGAUUACCCUUUCAACCUCGUUUCCGAAGAUACCCUAUCCGUUCCUUCCUUCCCCGUCCCUGAUGUCGUUGCAGGCGCCAAGCGGCGACAUGCAGUAAUGAUGAUGCUCGACAGCUCAUCGGCUCCCGUUUCGACUUCCUCAACGACUGCAUCCUCUAACUGCAGUCACGGGUCAGGUUCAGGGGGGAACCGGCGGCGUACCAGGAGCACACGGAACAACGCUAGCCAUCUACAGAACCAGAACGUUAAUUCGAUUCAGUUGUCUUCGGAGGCGAUGGAUAUUGAAGACGACAAUGGUCGGGAACGGAAGCGAGUUGCACGUAGGUAGGGCUUCGUCCUCCUGCCCCGCUCUGGAAGCAGAGAUGCUCCUUUCUUCUUACACAUUGUCCCUCUUCUUCACGGUCCCUUUUUCCAUCCCGGUCCCUUUUUCCAUCCCGGUCCCUAUUGACGUCUCGUUUUCUUUUUAUCAUAUCAUUGACAUCUUACGCUUUUCAUCGCCCUCCGUACAUUCACUUGUAGCACAUUCAUCCAGCAUCGCGCCACCCGUGGUAUACACGUUCCCUAUCUCUGUACCAUCAGUCAUAUAACGAACGAUACAUGUG